AUGGGUGAGCGGUUUAUGGACAUGUUGAUACGAGCAGCUUUGGAUGCUGGUCAAUGCGGUGUACUACAUGUAUCCCCGAUUCUCCAGUGCGCAUCUGGUGGACGCGACAACACUGAUUGUUGCCGUCACAGAAAUAUAGCUAUGAAGAGCGGACCACAGUGUGAAGUUUUUUGCCGAAGUGGUAACGAUAUCAAAGGCCUUGGUUUACAACACUUGAUCUGCAAUGUAGUACUUGACGAUUUCUUGCUGUGCCAUCAUGCUGGCCUCCGCAACUCCCUGUGA